AUGGCUUCUCACAAGAUUACCAAGAUCGCUGGUGCACAGCCCACGACCGAAUUCGAGCUUACCGUCGCUCAAGCUCUCGUUGACUUGGAGAACAACGUUCCCGAGUUGAAGAAGGACUUGCGUCCCCUUCAAAUCACCACCGCUAAGGAGGUUGAGGUUGGCAGUGGCAAGAAGGCCAUCGUCAUCUUCGUCCCCGUUCCUUCCCAGAAGGCAUGGACCAAGAUCCAGGCUAGAGUGACCCGCGAAUUGGAGAAGAAGUUCUCUGACCGCCACGUCGUUUUCGUUGCUCAGCGCCGUAUCCUCCCCAAGCCCUCGCGUCGCGAUAACCCCAAGCAGCCUCGUCCCAGAUCCCGCACCUUGUCUGCUGUCCACGAUGCCCUCUUGGAAGACCUCUGCAAUCCUUCCGAGAUCGUUGGCAAGCGCACCCGUGUCAAGGUUGACGGUUCCAAGACCAUCAAGGUUUUCUUGGAUGCCAAGGAUGCCACCUCGUUGGAGUACAAGUUGGAUACGUUCUCUGCUGUGUACAAGAAGCUCACUGGCAAGGCUGUUGUCUUUGAGUUCUCUGCCACUGAUUCGUUCUAA